AUGACUCAUUCUACCAGACCCUUCAAUGGCUCCCACUUACAAGUCAAAGAAUUCAUCCUUCUGGGACUCCCAGGAAUCCACAGUUGGCAGCAUUGGCUAUCUCUACCUCUGGCAUUACUCUACCUCUCAUCCAUUGGAGCCAAUCUACUUAUCUUUAUCACCAUCUGGAAGGAACCCAAAUUGCAUCAGCCCAUGUACCAGUUCCUGAGCAUCCUAUCUGUAGUGGACAUGGGCCUGGCCACCACCAUCAUGCCAAAGAUAUUGGCCAUUUUCUGGUUUGAUGCCAAAGCCAUCAGCCUCCCUGAGUGCUUUGCUCAGAUUUAUGCCAUACACUAUUUUGUGGGUAUGGAGUCAGGCAUCUUCCUCUGCAUGGCUUUUGACAGAUAUGUGGCCAUUUGUCAACCCCUCCGUUAUCCCACCAUUGUCACAGACUCUUUUGUCUUCAAAGCCACAAUAUUCAUGGUGCUCAGAAAUGGACUACUUUCCAUCUCAGUGCCUGUGCUGGCUGCUCAGAGAGAUUACUGCUCCUCAAAUGAAAUAGACCAUUGCCUGUGUUCUAACUUGGGGGUCACCAGUCUGUCCUGUGAUGACAGAAGGGUCAACAGCAUUUGCCAGAUGAUCCUGGCUGUGCUCAUAAUGGGGAGUGACUUAAGCCUGAUCAUCCUUUCCUAUGUCUUGAUUCUCUACUCUGUGCUGAAGCUGAAUUCUGCAGAAGCUGCAUCCAAGGCCCUGAACACCUGUAGCUCCCACCUCAUCCUCAUCCUCUUCUUCUUUACUGUCAUUGUUGUUAUUUGUGUCACCCACCUGGCAGGGAGAAAGUAUCCCCUGAUCCCUGUGCUCUUCAAUGUGCUGCACAACAUCAUCCCCCCAGCCCUCAACCCUUUAGUGUAUGCAUUUAGGACCCAAGACCUCAGGCUGGGCUUCCAGAGGGUGUUUCUGCCAGGUAUGAAGAGCAAAUGA